GUGUAAACCCAAUUUUGUCACAAUAACAAUCUGAUAAACCUAAAAGGACAAAAACAUUUCUUGUUAGAUUAAUUUGCCAAACACACUCAUAGAGAUCAAAUUGAUUAAUUUAAAAUGAACAGAUCAACUUUAUUCUUUAUACUCAAUGGUUUUCUGGUUUUUGGGUUUGUCAGAUCAUUGACCAUAAAAGACCUGCGACCAUGUCCUAACACAGCUGCUCCAUUAUUAAAUUCAGUGGUUUUAAUCAACUGUACUUCGGAACCAUGUUUUUUUGGUAAAGUUAACGGACUCUCUUUUCAAUUCAUCCUCACCCCAGACCAUCAUGCUUCCUCUGUAAACCUUCAGUUGACUGCUGUCGAUGGUUAUGGUAACAAUUAUGACAUUGAUACAGUUCAACGAACCAGUUGUGCUGAUAGUUACUGUGAAAUGGAAGCCAAUGUUCCGCGGUGUUUUGCUGCUGGAGUCCGUCGUCGUUAUGCACCCGAUAAUGAUCAAGCCGAUUACUUUACCUUUCAAGCACGAUUCACAGAUUCAAAGGGCUAUUGUGUUGCCUGCAGUCGAUUUGUAUUGAACACAUUUAUCAGAUACACCAGGGAAACUUAUGAUUAUACAACAACAAGUAGACCUUAUUAUCCCAAUCAGUUUACAACACAUGGAACCAUUUACGGACCGACCACAUCUCGUCCAAUUUACACAACAAAUAGACCUUAUGGACUUCAACCAACCCAAUCACCGUUCAUUGGAUCAGAAGCAAUUAAACCAAUUGGCUCAUCAUUUUCUUUUGACAAAAAAGAAAACUAAAAAUCAGGUUUUGCCUCAAAAAAUUAAAAUGUUAUUAUGGCAGUUUAGGAGAUUGUACAGUUAAAAACAAAUUGUACAACACCUAGACAAAUCAUCAGCUAAUUGGAAAUUUAAAAUAAAAUUCAAGUUUCUCUCUUAAA